CUUUCUUUUGUCUGUCUAGCGACGCAUGCAGGGCCUAGCGGGGUUUCCCGCUAGCUGGCACGCUGGCCAUGAUGGAUCUGCUAGUGGCUGCGAAAAGUGGUGGCGAAGGGUGCCACCCUUAGGAAGACAUAUAACAGCUCCAAAUGUCCCGUUUGCUACACCUAUUCUGCCUACACGACAAUGCGCUUCGUUUACAUCCUGACAUGGCUCUGCACCCUCGCAGUGGGGGCUGCCGUGCCUUUGAUCGACAUGAACACCACAGACGCUAGCUCCACCUACACCAGCCACGAAGGGUACCAAGCCAAACGGUUCGCCAGCUUGACCGAUCUCUUCAAGUCUCUGUUCUGGGAAAAGGUGUCAAGAAAGAAAGACCCGCAGGUUGCGCAACGCACGGUUAUUUUGAUCGAUGACACCAACUCCACCUACUUCUUUGGCGACUCGGAAAUGACAGAUUCCACCAGCUCGUGGUGGCGUCCCCGUCAGGUGGAGAUGACUGAAGUCCAGUUCGGCGAACCGACAGACUUGCACAUCCAAGACGCCCCCGUCAGCCACUGUGUGUCAUCUGAGUACUCCAGUGCGGGUGGCAGUUAUACCCACACCUACACAUGGUCCCAGACCGACAACCACAUCUGGGCGCAUGUGAUGGACGGGUCGCUCUGGUUGUUUGGACUCCGGGUGUCAGCCGACCUCCCACAGUGGGCAGGGAACACCGAUACCGCAACCUCCAUCACCUGCCCCAUCCAGCCAGGACGGACGGUGCAGGUGUUGGGGACCCUGAACUAUAAGGUGUACCCACGGGCCCGGAAGCGGAGGCUUUUUUUUGGGAUGUCUAUCCGGAAGUAUAUUGACAACUGGGAGAACGUUAAAGAUAAGAAUUACGGAGACUUGUCCCACGUCUACUUGCUGACCGACCAGACGUUGAACUACUACUGCACAGACCGCAAAGAGAAAUUACGGUGCGACGAGGGCCCGGGAGGCGAGGCCUGGCACCAGUGGGACUCCCGGGGGUACCAGGUUGCCGUAGCACCCGCAGAGCCUGAAGUCGGGGGUACGUAGUGACUGACAUGGUGGCUGGCAUGGUGGUUGUGACGAUGGUUAACAUGGUGGUUGUCACGGUGGUUGACGUGUUGACGCGUUGACGUACGUCUGCUGCACCUCUUGCGCACAGGGUCUAGUACCUCGGCAGGAAACCUGCACCGCUAGCCCCGAGCCGACCCGGACAACAACGAACUUAGCCGGACCAGCAGCCUCCUGAUAUAGCGCCCCCCCCACAAUA